UCACAGUCCAUCCAGGAACUCAGGGCGAAACAUAGAAACCAUGCUUCCUAGAUCCUUUUCCGUUCGCAUAUUUCAGCAGCAAUGUCCGAGAAGCGCGCUUCGUUCAUCAUUCCAGGUCCCGUCGGGUGUGCCGUGGAGGCCUUUCACAUCUAGCCCUCCUCGGGCCAAGUCCGCCGCAAAUAAAGCAUCCUCCACGCCGGUAUCAUCCUUGAAGUUUGCCGGACAGCGACCAGAAGGGUUUGGGAAACUCGAACGCAAGGUUGCCAAACAGGGCGAGGUGGUCCUUUUCGAAUCUCCCUCACAUCGCGCCUACAUUUUCAGUGCAUAUGCCCUUGGAGCUGUCGGGUUCGCCUGUUCCAUUUUCUACUCCGACAUGGUCUUUCGCAAUCCUAUACAUGAAUUCAAGGAUUGGCAAAAAGUCACGUACGGCGUUGUAUGUAUCCUGACCAGUGCCAUGGGUACGCUCGCCAUCAUGCAGACAUUUCGACUGGUGAAGUCCAUCCACGCCGUCAGCUCCAACGGAAAGACAUAUAUCCGGUUUAAAGUCAACCGGAUGGUCCCGUUCUUGAGGCCUCGCGUGUUUGACGUCGUGCCGCGCCAGAUUGCUUUCAAUCGCCGGCUGGUACCUACGGAGAGGACGUGGCAGGGAAUCAAUGGCCUGGUAGAAAAGAAAGAGCGUCUGACAAUUAUCACCUUCUUUACAGCACCUGUGAAGAAGGUGAAUCGCAUGUUCUGGGAACUCUUCCGAGCUGUACGACGGGUCUUCACUCAGGAGGAUUUUCUGUCAGUGGAGAUUGAAGGACAGAGCGGUAGCUUCAAGGUUGAUACCGCCGGGUUGAUAUAUAAUGAUUUUGCCUAUAUUUGCUAUAUCCCAAAGGUUGGACGGAAGUGAGGUCUCAUUGGGGGUUGAUGCUAUCCUUUUCUCUUUCUUUUCUUCGGGUAGUCCCCUUGUUUUAUUACAUGACGAAGCUUCAUUGAAAUCUGGGAACGUCUCUGGAAAUGUAUAUAUCAGGUGUACCGUACAAAUCAUUAAUAUAUAGCGUUGCUUUUCUGUUCUUCUAGCCCAUUGUUUGUUGAACUGGCUUAAUUACACAGCAGUGACACUCACCUAUUCAAAUUCCAAACAUACAG